AUGAUGAACAGAGGUAUUCCUCGUCCAAACAUUGUGUUCUUCAAUUCAGUAAUAAACAGUCUGUGCAAAGAAGGAAGGGUCAUGGAUGCACAUGAUGUCUUAGACUUGGUUGUAGGCAUAGGUGAGAGGCCUAAUGUCAUUACAUUUAGUUCACUGAUUGACGGAUAUUGCUUAGUCGGGAACAUGGAUAAAGCAUUCAAAAUACUUGAUGUCAUGGAAUCAGUUGGUGUUGAGCCUAAUGUUGUUACUUAUAGUGCACUUCUUGAUGGCUAUUCUAAAAACAGAAGGAUUGAUGAUGCUCUGACUUUGUUUAGAGAAAUGCCGCGUAAGAGAAUUAAACCUGACACUGUUACAUGUGGCAUCAUGUUGGAUGGGUUGUUUCGUGCUGGGAGAACUGUCGCUGCAAUGGAAAUGUUCCAUGAGAUGACUGAAAGUGGAACAACAGUGGACAUUUUCAUAUACAAUAUAAUACUUGGAGGUCUUUGUAGAAAUAAUUGUGUAGAUGAAGCGAUUGCACUGUUCCAGAAAUUGCGAGCAAUGAAUGUGAAGUUCAAUAUUGAAAUACUCAAUACCAUGAUUAAUGCAAUGUACAAGGUUCAAAGAAAGGAAGAAGCAAAGGAAUUGUUUGCUACAAUAUCAGCCAAUGGGUUGGUGCCCAAUGAAUCUACUUAUGCAGUAAUGAUAAGAAAUCUUCUGAAAGACGGAGCAGUGGAAGAUGCUGACAAUAUGUUUUCAUCAAUGGACAACAGUGGUAUCGUUCCCAGUUCCCGUCUUAUAAAUGAUAUCAUCAGAAUGUUGUUGGAAAAAGGUGAGAUAGCCAAGGCUGGAAAUUAUUUGUCUAAAGUUGAUGGGAAGAGUAUCUCACUUGAAGCUUCAACUACCUCAUUGAUGUUGUCUCUCUUUUCAAGGAAAGGGAAACACCAGGAGGAUAUUAAGUUGCUCCCUGCAAAGUAUCAAAUUUUUGAUGGAUUUAGUUGA